UUGUCAGUCUUGGCAGCCCGGCGCAGGGGGAGAGGCGCAGUGCCUAUGAGCGAGUCACAGAGACGCGGAAUAUAGACAAAUUAUUGAUGUAAGUUCGUUCAUUCUUGCUUGAUAUUAAUAUGAACAAGAGCUGCAACCUUUGGACUCCUUCAGAGGAAUAAUUAAACGGACAUCGGAGUUGAAAUCGCGACGGAAGGUUUCCGAGCAAGGGGAUGAAGAAAACCGCUGGAAGUGAACGGUGAUUUCUCUUCCCCAGGAUUAAACGGCGUAUAUUAAAUUCCCGCACCUGCUCUUCUGUUCAAGGAAUAUCGCCUUAAACACAACGAGGGCUUUCUAGUAUAUUCCGUGGAUAAAAUAUUCCUCCUGAUUGUAUACGCCAAAGUCUGUUCGCUGUUUGGAUUUAAGGACGUUUGCGAAUCGCAGUUUAUUUAAUUGGCAAAGCACUUAUUUAUUUAUCGGAUUCGUGUCAGCAGAAAAGCUGUCGUUUUUUACUGGAGUUUGCAAUUUCCUACUAAGCCUUACUCGGAGAUUAUUCCAGUAAGUAAACGGGUAAAGAAAAAUCCUGACCGACGGAAUCAUUUACGAUAGUUCAGAACGCAGUUACCGGAGCGCAGUUGACAGACGGCAUUUUUUGGGAACAGAUCCUUACUUGAUCCGCUGUCGCUUAUUUAACAAGAACACAGAUCGGAUUCAUUAAAAAAAAAAAACAAGAAGAAAUCUUAACCAAAAGGCAAGCAAAAACUGCCCAACGAUCCUGUAGAAUAAGCUGUUUUUGGAUGACUUUUUCCUUUUUUACGCGCGUGAAAAACGCAGAUAAAAGGAACUCAUAACAAGUCAACUGAAUAAACCAGGGAUUACAAAUUUUUUUUUCCACUUUAAUCUAAGAACAGAAUGAGAUAUUAUUGAUUUUUCCCCCUCAUUUCCCCUCUUCUGUUCUUUCGGCCGCUUCACGUUCCCACAGUCCUGUCAUCACAAACCUGCAUGGAAAUCUAGUCAGCACCACAGAGCGAUUUAUGGUCGGCCUCGGAAAACCAGUGUCUGUAGAAUCGUACCUGCGUUUGCGCAGUCAUGCUGGCCUGUCUGCAGAGGAGGCAGAACCCUGCACCCCAGCACGCCACGGCCGUCUGCAGCAGCAGCAAGAGUCUUGAGCCAACGCAACACAUCAACCGCAAAUGUGAGCUGACUGUCCCCAUGCCUUCCCCGCGCUACCCCAGUGCAGCAGAGCUGGAUGCCUACGCGCAGAAGACAGCCAACAGCCCUCUGUCCAUCAAGAUCUUCCCCACCAACAUCAGGGUACCCCAACACAAGCACCUUAACCGGACUGUGAAUGGAUAUGACACCACUGGACAGCGCUACAGCCCCUAUCCCCAUCUUCACACUGGGGGCUACCAGGGUCUGUUAGCGAUCGUCAAAGUCUCAUCAUCAUCGUCAUCAUCGUCAUCCUCCUCAUCAUCUUUCAUACCCUCAACAAAGGGUGUCCUCAAAAACUCAGAGGGCAGGAGGACUAAGUUGUCUCCGGCGCAGAUAGCAGUGGCUCCUUAUCCACCUCCCAACAGCAGCACUUUAGGUCAUUGCCACGGACAGAUUGUGUACCACACAGGGCAUCCCAAACCGCCAGAGGCCACCACUCUGUCAGUCCCCCCUAAUGUCACUGUGGCCGGUUCUGUGAUCCCUGUGGCAGGGGGCCGAGGACUGAACCUUCCUCCUCAGUCAAAUCUUCCCUCCAUCCAGAGCAUCAUUUACCAGAUCAACCAGCACUGCCAAGCCCAGGCUCUGCAGCAGGUGUGUCAGAAUGGGGCAUCUACAGGACCUCCGAACCCCAGCCCAUCCAAACAGGGCACCGCUAACUCCUCAGGGGGGACUUAUGUCACUAGUGUGGCUCCGCAGGGAAACAUGGCCUAUUCAGGGACGGUGCUACCAGGGCAGAAUGGGGAGGUGAUGAAGGCUGGGGUGUAUCCCGAAGGUAUGGACUACCUGCUGUGGCAGAAACAACAGCAGCAGCAGCAGCAGGCAGUUUUGAGGAUGUACAGUGGGGGGAGCGGAGGUGGAGGUGCCAUUAGCAAGUCACCCGAAACCUGUGCCCCGGGAGGGUCCAUCAUGCUCGGAGGGGCACAGGUGUCCUCCUCCAGAGGUUAUCCAAUGACAGCCAGUACGAGUGGCGGGGGUGGACUGGACAAGGUCAGCUCUUCCCCUUUGAACUGUGUAGGGAUGCAUGGGAACUUUUCUGUGGGCCAGUACUUUGCGCCUCCGUGGAACAGCGUUCUGGUGACGCCAGACAGCGACUGCUACAACCCACAAGAGCUCCCGGGAGCUACCACCACAGCUGGACCGGUGACAGGGCACAGGGAGCUGGCUUUCCCCCACCAUCACCAACACCCUCAUCAUCACCACCACCAUCAUCAUCAUCACCACCACCCCCCCAUCGACAGCACGGGUGGUCUGUGUUGCAGUUUGCCCAGUAAGAGUCUAUGUAAUACAUCAGUGUUGAGCAGCAGUCUGCAGUCACUGGAAUACCUGAUCAAUGACAUCCAUCCGCCCUGCAUCAAGGAGCAGAUGUUGGGGAAGGGAUACGAGACUGUGUCUGUGCCGAGACUAUUGGACCACCAGCAUGCACACAUCCGCCUCCCUGUUUACAGAUAAGAAGAGCCGGGCUGACCAAUAUAAAGAGCGACUGGAAAAUCUUUAAUCACAAACUGCAGUUGUUGCCAUUGCCUAGAUUUGCAGUGGAGUUUCUUGAUCCUGCUCAAAGCAGACUGGGGGAGAUCUGGAUCAAAACAUGGUUGGGUGAAUGCUGGAAAGCCAAUCGGUGCCUCUCAGCUCAGAGCUGGGAGCGAAUUGCUGGCUGGGAAUUGGAAUGUUCCUAAAUGUGGAUUCUGUGAUUCUUUUCUUUUCUCUCUUUUCUACCAAGAGGGAUUUUUUUUGGUUGUUUUCCAAUUGUUUAUCUUUUUUUCUUUUUGAAUCGUUUUAUCAGACUAAUAAUUUUUUGGUGAGAGUCAAUGGUUUAAAUGAAGUAAAUGGCCUCUUCUCCUCCCCACAUUGCAAGUAACCGAUUGGAUUAACGUGAUGAAGAAUGAUGGUCUUUAAGCACCAUGGUUGUCUAUAAAAGAUACGACUAAACUGUGCUGACAAAACACUGUAAGAGGUAACGGUAUUCGCACAUUACAACAUUUCAAAGACCAAAAAGGCAACUAGAUCAGUGCUUUUAGGUGGCGUUAAUGAAUAAGAUGGAAAAACCUUAGCGAUAAUUGUUUUUCAUAGAAAUUGCACUGCUUGGGGUGUAAAAAUGUGUGAAAGUCUUGGGAGGUUGGAAAUUAGACAUUUGAAUAUAAUGUAUUUAAAGAACUUGAAGACUUGAACCUAUUUUUGUUGUUUUAUUUUAUAUAUAUUUGUAGUAUAUAAUAUGCAUUGGCUGCUAAGGGAGUAAGAGUGUAAAAUGCUUAGUUUUUUUAAUGUUUCGUUAAGGGUCAUUUAUUUUGAUUUUAUUCUCCUUUGGCUGCAGUAUAAGUUUCUGCUGUUCUCACGGUGUAAUCACCACCGAGAACUAAACAACAGAACGCUCAUUUAUUUACCUACACUGGAAUCAAAUCUCCAAAUAAGCAGAUAUAAAAGGAAUCGGUUGUUGUAAAGCUCUGAAAUGAGACCACCCUCAUUAACAAGGUUCGACCGAUCAGGUCUUUUUGAAAAGAAACAUCAAAUAAACACAUUCUGACAUGCCAAAAGUAAUCUGAAUUGGAAUAGCGAAAAUGAGCUGUCUGUUGUUGGAAAUCUUGUUCUUGAUUGGUUAGGGAUCACAUUACUUCUCCCUCAUGGCUUUGAAGUUUAGAAGUACAAGUGACUCCAUUAAACGAAGACCUGAGGGGAGUUAACCUAUCAGAGGUGUCGCUUGACCAUUCCUCUUUUUGAAACGAUAAAAACAAUCAUUGUGGUGCCUCUCUCAAACAGAGGUGGAAGGAGAGGGGUCGAGUGUUUUUCUCAGCUCUGUGCUAGCGGUUUCGAGCCAGGUUGAGGCCGCUCGGAAGCUUUGUCUCAACACUGAAAUAUUUAUUCCGACUGUGACUUUCCUGUGAAUGUACUGCACUUAGAUUACUGAGAAGACUAAUGCCUUGUGGGACAGAGAGGGGGGAAAUAAAGAAAAAUUGGAUGGGCACAGCGGUCCCUGGCGUUAAAUUAGCAUUUCUUUUGUCAGUCAAAUUUCAUUGGUAAAUUGAAUUUAGAAACUCGAGAGAGGCGACGGGGUGUUUCUGGCGGAGGCAAAAAGCUGGCUACAGUCUAGAUUUAUGAAGUGCAAUUAUUAUGACUGUAUUAACAAUUUUGUUUUCUCUGAGCUUACACCAAAAAAAAAAAAAAAGAAAAUGUAAAACUACAGCUGUGUCUACAUUCCCAAUGUACCACAUACUCAUUCCCUUCUUGUUUUGAGGUGCAAAAUAAAUUGAUUUCAAGAAUUUA